AUGAGUCUCAUCGACUUAUCGACUGCUGUAAAAGCACUCAACCCAAACCUCAACGCCAUGCUCAAGAUGGCAGCAACGAACUACGACAGACAUGCGCUCCUCGCCAAAGACAGCGACUGGUACUAUGACUUCUUCAAUCACAAGGACUACAACAACAAAACCGGCUCCGUCAUCACUGCCGACGCCGCAACUUUUCCCGCCAUGACCGGCAUGGGUAUCAGCUACGCUUUAUUGACAAUCGGACCCUGCAGUAUGCUCCCCCCACACUUCCACCAGCGCGCACACAAUGCCGUGAUCGGUAUCCAUGGCAACACAACGAGCUGGAUGAUCAACGAGAACGGCGUGCGCACUGUCAAGGUCGACAUUAUUCCUUUCCGAAUGACGCUCUUUCCGCAAGGUAGCUUGCACGUCAUGCAGAACAACGACUGCGAACCAGCGCUUCUCCUCAGCGCAUUGAACAGCGACGAUAGUGGCACACUCAAUGCGCUCAACGGCCUGUGGCAAAUCCCCGACGACAUGAAGCGCGCUGCAUUCGGGGAUGAGGAUCUCGAUACGGCACAGCUGGGCAAGGAGAUCCCUGAUGUUGGGACUGGUGCAGUCAGGGGUAGUCCAGAGUGCCUGAAGAGGUGUGGGAUCGAGCACGGAAAGUAG